GAUGCAAUACGCUCGCUCCGAGCCCGCCGCGCGGCACUUGUCGACGCUCCACUGCCGAGAGCAGCCGCCGCCACAGAUUAUUUCCUGUUGAAACCAGAUCAAAAAACCCAUAUAAAACAAUGUCGGUCUCCGAGUUCAGACGAAAAAAGCUUCUGUACGUGUUCAACGUAUUCUUUGAUGUCAACCAGAGCGGAACCAUCGAGAGGAAAGACUUUGAACUGGCAAUAGAGAAAAUAUGCAGCCUCCGAGGCUGGAAGCCAGGAGAUGCCAAGCACACUGAAACACACGAAAUCAUGAUCAAGAUCUGGGACGGAUUGAGGAAGAGGGCUGAUUCCAAUAAGGAUGGCCAGGUCUCCGUCGAAGAGUGGGUGUCCAUGUGGAACGACUACGCCCUGAACCCGUCCGCAGCCCUCAAGUGGCAGCAGCUCUACAGCCAGUUCAUGUUCCAACUGGAGGACGCUAGUGCUGACGGCUCCAUCGACUGCGAUGAGUUCACCACCGUCUGCUCCUCUUAUGGCAUCGACCCUCAAGAGUGCAAGGUGGCCUUCAGCAAGAUGGCUAAGGGCAAGAGCAGCGUAUCCUGGGAGGAGUUCCAGGAGCUCUGGAAGGAGUACUUCUCCACUGAAGAUACCAACGCCGCCGGCAACUUCAUAUUCGGGCGAACUAGCUUUUAGGCAGCCAACCAUCCACCCCGAUGUUGACAUACUACCCCUUUUGAAACCCACGACUAAACCAGGGAGAUGAGGGCCAGUGAAGGCAACAGCCACCACUUAGAGUAAGGCCGAAUAAGGCAGUUCCGGCUUUUAGGCCUUAGGGCGCGGUCACAUUGGCGAACGAGCAAAAAGCACCGUCAGUAUCAGUAAAAUUUUGCGUCUACAUUCAUCAUGUGUCACGUAUGCUGCACACAAAGUACUCCUUUGCCAAAGUGGACGGGCUCUACAAAAAAGAAAUGCUGCAAAAUCAUGCCUUGAACGCUUAAUCCACUGUCAGGCCUCACAAUGUCAAUAUCUAAAUUUGAUUUAACGUGUGUCUGUGUUCAGAAUAGUGUAAUUCCUAAUAUUUCUCUUAAUAGCGGAUCGAAGUGAAUUUGAAUCUCUCAACUUUUAAUAACUCGAAGCUCAAGCAUUUACUAGUGUUUCUCGAAUUCUUAGAUUCUUGUGACAACGAAUCGAUUAUUCACUAUUUCGACAUUAAAUAGCAUAUCUUGUAGUCAUAUCUAAUGAUAAUUCUACUCGUAUUACUAUAUUGUUCCGCCACUUGCUACCCGAAUUAUAGACUUUCUUUUGUAUGCAACCUUACUUUAUGAUAAUUUCAAUACUAUAUUAAGUAUUAAGCUAUACCACCAAAAUUAUUGUACCAACUGAUCUCAUGAUGUACGAAAUGAGAGGUUGUUAGAUACACAAAUAGCAUUCUAUUAGAUUUAAUUUUCGUGUGUAUUUUAAUCGUCUAGUAUUAGAAAUAGUUAGAUU